GCUCUUUGUCCCCAGGCGCGUCUCCCUUCGGCUUCGCUUUCGGUCCCGCUCUGGCUCUUCCGAUUUCUCCACAUAAUCUGUAGAACCCCCGGCUCCGAUCUCCGGCUUCCGGAUCCGGACCCCUCCCGAUUUUACGCCGGGUUUGCUCCGGUCAUUUUUCACGGUCUUAGACUCCGAACCAGGUCCCGGUGCAACACUCGCCCGACCCUGACACGAUCCAUUGCCCACAUCAUGGCAACACAACUCAUCGCCCUCCCAGCCGUAGAGCGCCUCAGUCCCGCCUGUAUCCGCAUCCUGGGCGGCAACCCGGGCAAGUUCACCCUCCAAGGCACAAACACAUACCUCCUCGGCACUGGCCGCCGGCGCCUCCUCAUCGACACGGGCGAGGGCCGUAACGCCUGGAUCACGUCCAUCCGUGACACCCUCCAGCAGGAGAACGCCACCAUCGACGCCGCCCUCAUUACGCACUGGCAUCAUGACCACACGGGCGGCAUCAAAGACCUCUUGAGCAUCUCGCCGCAGACAAAGAUCUACAAGCACACCCCGGAGGAGGGGCAGCUCGCGAUCGAACAUGGGCAGCGGUUCGAGGUUGAUGGUGCUACCCUGACGGCGGCGUAUACACCAGGGCACACCAAGGAUCAUGUUAUUUUCGUCAUGGAUGAAGAGGAUGCCAUGUUUACGGCUGACAAUGUGCUCGGCCAAGGAACGGCGGUUUUUGAAGACAUGGCAACAUAUCUACGGAGCCUCGAAGAGAUGAAGACGCUCUUCAACGGCAGGGCAUACCCCGGCCACGGCCCUGUCAUCGAGCACGGUCCAGCCAAGAUUGCCGAGUACAUCGCCCACCGACGUCAACGGGAAGAGCAGGUCAUCCAGACGCUGGGACUCGGGCCUGGAGAGGUCAAGACAAAUGUCGCCGAGCUGAGGUCGACGUGGACGGCCAUGGAGUUGGUCAAGGUCAUCUACAAGGAGGUGCCAGAGACUCUCCACCCUGCGGCCUGUGGUGGUGUGUUACAGAUCCUGGGGAAGUUGGAAGGGGAAGGCCGGGUGGCCCGUGACGGAGAUGGAUGGCGUUUGUUGGGUGAAGGGCGUCCUUCUUUAUAA